AGGGUCUCACUUUGUGACCCAGGCUGGAGUGCAAUGGUGUAAACUCAGCUCACUGCAGCCUCCACCUCUCGCGUUCAAGCGAUUCUCAUGGCUCAGCCUCCCGAGUAGCUGGGAUUACGGUUGCCCAACACCACACCUGGCUAAUUUUUGUAUUUUUGAUAGAGACAGGUUUCCACCACGUUGGCCAGGCUGGUCUCAAACUCCUGACCUCAGAAGAUCUGCCCGUCUCGGCCUCCCAAAGUGCUGGGAUUACAGGCAUGAGCCACAAUGCCCUGCCGAGUUUCACAAAUUUCAUCUCCCAUCCUCUGACCCCCCACCACGGGGACAACUUCACCAGCCCAAUCUCAGUCCAUGCCACAGAAAUCUGGCCUCCCUUCCCAGACUCCUAUCCAGCCCCAAGCUCCAUUGGGGAAAGCAGACAUCCGGUUCCAGGACAAGACCUCAAAACUCAAGGGUCCUGAGAAUCGGGCCCUCCCACCCCUGACGCUUGCCCCUCCCCAGAGCCCCAUUCCAAGAGUUUCUCAUCUCAACCCUGGGAGGGAGCCCCAGAUGAUGUCUGUCUGGGGGGAUUGGGUGGAGGCCCAAAGAAAGAGGAACCGGAGUGCCUGGGCCCUCCCACUGGCAGCCGACCUCAGCUGGGUGCGGUGAGGGUGGGUUUAUAAAAGGGUCAGUAUAUAUUGAGAGGAGGAAAGAAAGAGAAACGGGAGCAAGAGAGAAGGAGGCCCAGACAGUGAGGGCAGGAGGGAGAGACGAGAGGCAGAAGGAGAGCGAGCGAGACAGAAAGGGUUCCGGAUUGGAGGGGAGAGCAAGGAAGGGAGGAAGGCGGUGAGAGAGGCGGGGGCCUCGGGAGGGUGAAAGGAGGGAGGAGAAGGGCGGGGCACGGAGGCCCGAGCGAGGGACGAGACUCCGACUCCAGCUCUGACUUUUUUCGCGGCUCUCGGCUUCCUCCACUGCAGCCAUGUCACUCCUCUUGCUGGUGGUCUCAGCCCUUCACAUCCUCAUUCUUAUACUGCUUUUCGUGGCCACUUUGGACAAGUCCUGGUGGACUCUCCCCGGGAAAGAGUCCCUGAAUCUCUGGUACGACUGCACGUGGAACAACGACACCAAAACAUGGGCCUGCAGUAAUGUCAGCGAGAAUGGCUGGCUGAAGGCGGUGCAGGUCCUCAUGGUGCUCUCCCUCAUUCUCUGCUGUCUGUCCUUCAUCCUGUUCAUGUUCCAGCUCUACACCAUGCGACGAGGAGGUCUCUUCUAUGCCACCGGCCUCUGCCAGCUUUGCACCAGCGUGUCGGUGUUUACUGGGGCCUUGAUCUAUGCCAUUCACGCCGAGGAGAUCCUGGCGAAGCACCCGCGAGGCGGCAGCUUCGGAUACUGCUUCGCCCUGGCCUGGGUGGCCUUCCCCCUCGCCCUGGUCAGCGGCAUCAUCUACAUCCACCUACGGAAGCGGGAGUGAGCGCCCCGCCUCGCCCGGACGCCCCCGCCCCCUCCCGGCCCCCCUCGCCGCGCGUCCUCCAGAAAAUAAAACUGUUUAACCGCGG